AUGGAUCAUGAGGAACUGAGCAACAACUUAAAGAAGAAGAGAAGGGAGAGAGUGAGUUUUUCAGCAAGUUUGCCGGAGGAUAUUCAUGGGGUGUUUGCAGACAGUGAUUGUGCAGUUAAGUACUCUUCUGAUCCAUUCCACGACAUUAGAAAAUCGAUAGUAAAGAUGAUUCAGUACGUUAAAGUUCAAGAUUGGAAUGAUAUUGAGGAGUUGAUCUAUUUCACAUCUCCAAUCUCGAAGUCUCAAUUCAUUGUCACGGUUGCUCACAUCGUGGCUGUUUUACACUUGCAUCGCACAACACGAAAUCAAUAUCGAAUUGCCACCAAAUCUUUAUGUACCUCAAGUCAUCUUAUUCUUGAAUCCACCAGUCUUAAACACCGGUUCAAAAACUGGCAAGAAGAAAGAAAGUAUAAGCUAACAGCAAGCACUUUUGCACAAGCUAUCGGCUUUUGGCCCAACAGAAGAGUCCAACUCUGGCUAGAAAAGAUAGGUGCUGUUGAACCCUUCACAGGAAACCUCUCCACUUGUUGGAAAAACAUCAAAGAAAAGGAAGCCCUCGAAAGGUACAAAAAUAUAACCGGGAAUGCCAAUUCCGUUUUCUUUCCUGAUUUCCAUGUUAGCCGGAAUUUGAAUUCCGAUGGGGACCGGAAUCGGAAUUGGCUUGCAGCAUCUCCUGAUGGGGUAAUCGACAAGAUGGUUUAUGGGUUGCCUUGCCGAGGGGUGUUAGAAAUAAAAUGUCCAUUUUAUAAGGGUAAUAUGAGAAAAGGUUUCCCAUGGUCACAAGUUCCAUACAAUUAUAUUCCACAAGCUCAAGGAUUGAUGGAGAUUUUGGACCGUGAUUGGAUGGAUUUUUAUGUGUGGACUCCAAAAGGGAGUAGUUUAAUUAGGAUAGACAGGGAUUUAGAAUAUUGGAAUGUGUUACAGAUGGCAUUAUCGGAUUUUUGGUGGUGUCAUGUUGAGCCUGCUAGAGAGAUUUAUAGUAAUUAUGUUGUGAAAGAUCCUUUGAUUGAGUUGAAAAGCUUAUGCCCAGAGCCUAAGCACGAGUUAUGUAGUUAUAUUGUUGAAGAAAGUAAACGUGUUGUUGGGAACUCUAGAUUGUUGAUGCGUGAAAUUAAUGGAAUACGAAUAGACUGAUGCACUACUACUCAACA